AUGGACCUCCCUAAAACAGAGGUCCAUGUAGAAUCUGGGACCCCAGAUUGCACCAUGCUCUCUCUCACCAAGAAGAUCAUGGGUGAUGAGUAUGCUGCAUAUGACAGCUACAGCUCCCUGUCCUCCCUGUCGUCAUCACUCAGUGGAAGCUUUGCUUCGAUAAGCAGCAUCGACACUGUAUCAUCUUGGGCUUCACAUGACUCCUUCAUCUGUCUGGCCAUUCAGAUCCUUCUAGAGGAGUUAAACCUCAAUAAUACAGAGGUAGCAUCAUCUGGGGUUCCCUCCAUCUUCCCUGGAGAGCUGCUAGUGAGCUCUGUGGCCCCUCAGGAUGGCACACUUCUGGCUGUGUGCAGCGAGGCCCUUGAUAAACUGCCUAUCAGUGACGAGGUGCUGGUCACUGAAAACACCAUUCUCCUACGAGAAGAGUCCUCCACCAGCCUCUCCACUGCUACAGGUGGGAGGAAGAAGGCUGGAGGAACCGGCUGCUUCCAGGGACUCUGGAGAGCACUGAGAGGGGGCAGAGGAAAGGAGAAGGAGCCUGUAAGCAUUACUAGUCACUGUUGUACUUUUACAGUUCUCUAAUAUUGUAGCAAGACAUUCUGUCAGCACAGAAUAUUAAAAAGGUGAUGUUGUGAACAACUGUUUUAUCCUUUUUUGUCUUAAUUUUUCAGGCUCACUGAAUUGCUAAGGCAGAUGAGAAACUCCUUCACGCAAAACAGGAAUAAUCUGCAUUGUAUUGUUUGUUUUGAACGUUUAAUGUUGGUUUGAACAACAUUGUUUGGAACAUUUUAUUGAACAAUGUUCAGUAAAUUCUUGUCAGUUCAAAGCCAAUGUGUUUCGUUUUUCAUUGAAACAACAAGUAUUCUAUAAUUCUAUAAUGUCUAAUGACGCAACAAUAAAUACAAUUCAGGUUUUAAGUAAGAAGUCACAUUAUUCUUACACUGUUCCAAGGCAAAUUGCACUCAGUUGGUAGAGCAUGGUGUUUGCAACGCCAGGGUUGUGGGUUUGAUUCCCACGGGGGGCCAUUAUGAAAAUGUUUUAUGCACUCACUAACUGUAAGUCGCUCUGGAUAAGAGCGUCUGCUAAAUGACUAAAAUGUUAAAUGUAAAUUCAGCUGGGGCCCAUGACGGCAGUUGUCCAGUAACAGUUUAGUGGACAACCACGGUCACAGUCCACAGCGGAGUCACCUGUAGCUCAGUUGGUAGAGCAUGGUGCUUGCAAUGCCAGGGUUCUGGGUUUGAUUCCCAUGGGGGACUAAUAUGAAAAUGUUUUAUGCACUCACUAACUGUAAGUCGCUCUGGAUAAGAGCGUCUGCUAAAUGACUAAAAUGUAAAGUCGCUUUGGAUAAGUACGUCUGCUAAAUGACGUCACAUUAUUCUUAUACUGUUUGAAGGCGAAUUGAACUCAGAAGAGAUUCAGCUGGGGCCCAUGACGGCAGUUGUCCAGUAACGGUUUACUGAAGUCUUAAAUGAUCAUCAGAACAGGUUUUAUUUGUUCUUCUUCUUCUCUGCUGUAUAAUAGAAUGUGAUGAGCAAUGUACUACGAGUCACUUGAUUGCUUUAGGAAGGUCUCUGUUAAAAGUGUUUGCACAUGGCCUGGUAUAAUAACGUGCCAUUUAGCAGACGCUUUUAUCCAAAGCGACUUACAGUCACGUGUGCAUAAUUUUUUUUGUGUAUGGGUGGUCCCGGGGAUCGAACCCACUACCCUGGCGUUACAAGCGCCGUGCUCUACCAGCUGAGCUACAGAGGACCACAAAAUAAUACUUUAUUAAUCCAUAUAAGAUGGCCAUUUCUGUUCUGCUGCCUGUACCCAACUUGUCCGAUACACACACAUGCACUAGGCUGAUUAGGUUGAAGCAGAGGGCCGUCACAGUACAGCGCCCAAUAACCAGUGUAGAGUGUCUCCAAAAUGGUCCCCCUUUAUCUACUGUAUAUCAUACCAACCACUUUGAAUCUCAGCAGCCCCAUUUGAUUUCGGAGACUGCCCCGUCCCCUGUGAGCUAAUGAUUUAAUGACAGAAUCUGUCCAACAGCCAAAGGGGUUGUCCUGACUAAUGUAGGCAUGUUGUGGGUGGAUUUGCACAGUGUUGGACUCAGUCGGACUCAGCCCUCAAAUCCACAAGGGAACUUAUUUCCUCUGCUUUGUGGGAAUUCUAAACACAGACACAAAACACAGGUAUGUUAUGACUGGUGUUAAUGAUUAUGAGAUUAAGAAACAGAAUAUCAAACAGUCAGUAGUAGCCCUGCUAUGACUUCCAAAUGGAUAGCUAACAGCUUUACUUUUUGUGAAAUGCUAAAUAUCAGGGAGGCUUUGCUGGAGGCUUGAUGUCAACAUCAGCAGUCAGCAUAUGGCUGAAUUGUAAUUCCCUUCACUCAGUACAUUUGGGAAUUGUGUUCCCCCACUGUACUCAAUGUGCUCACUCAAAGAACUUACAACAAUGUCAGAGGUAUUAUUUGAUAUACUAAAACAUGCACUUCAUUCAAAUCUCUCCAUUCUAUUUCUACAGCGAAGAAUGUGGAAAGACUUUGGUCCCAUGUUAUGCCUGAUGCUGCACCUCUGUUACCAAGGGAACACUUCCGACAUAAAUUGUCCUCCCGGAUGCCAGUGUUUCACGCCGACUCAGGUGAUGUGUUCUGAGGAGAGUAUGAGAAGCCCGCCCAUGAACAUCUCCACACAGGUGAAGGAGUUGGUCAUUUUGACGACGGGAAUGACGCACCUGGGCCCGAUCACGAUGCAGUACAGCCACCAUCUCACCAAGCUGGUCUUCUUCAACAACUUGCUGCGGGACGUCUCCGCCAUGGCCUUCGAUCGCCUGACCGGGCUCGAGGAGCUGGAGAUCAGCGGCAACUCUUGGCUGGAUUGUUUGAACCCAGGAACUGUACCUCUCAGAGAACAAACUCCAGACCCUUCCUCAGGGCUUCUUUGACGCGUUCUUCAGCGAGAACGUGAUGAGACUGCGCAGGAACCCCUGGAGCUGUGACUGCCACAUGCUGUAUCUGUAUGACUAUGUGGCAGAGCACAGUCACUUGGUGGUGGACCUGAGUAAUGUGUAUUGUAAGGGCCCUGAGCCUUUGAGAGGACAGGGUCUGGUCUCCUUAGAGAGGGACCAGCUGGUAUGUCCAGGUAAUUUAUCUUCUAGAGCCAAAGCCACCCCCUUCCAAGGCUUGGAGGAGAGGCCACACCCUAGCAAUUGUACUGUCCAGGUCAUCAACGACGACCUGACUAUCAAGUGCAAAGUGACUAAAUGUUCCCCAUUGAGACUUAUGGUGCAGUUCCAAGAAGGGGAUGGCAGUACGUCUGAGUACAUCAUGAAAAAGGACUGGGCAGAAUCUUCACAGUGUAGCAAUGGGACUAUAACUCUCACUGUGUGAAUGGUGUUCAUCAGCACACUGGCUGAAGCUUUGCAAGAACUUCUCUAUGCAGAUUUUGACUUUCUUUAUCCAUGUACAUCAUAGAGUUUUAUCAAACACACAAUAUUUUAUAUACCAACAUACUGUAUAUGAGAUGAGAGUGAAUUUCACCUGAAUUUCAUAUAAUUUUGAAGGUAUUGGCUUUGAAUAAUUUAUAAUACGAUGUCUACCAGUAUUGGUAUGAGUUUAAACAAAUCUCUCCUACAGCUAGUGUCAAUAUUGUACAGACCUUUAACUCAUCUCAAAGCUGAUAACCAGGCUGACGGUGUUUCCCACUCAUAGCUGAGAGAUAAGAGAGGUGGAUGAACUAUUUCUUGUGCGGUUCAAAGUUCAUCCCUAGAGUUCUAGAGACCGUGUAAUGAACCUAGUACCAUCCACACAAUCAUUUACUAACAGAUAUAUCAACGUAUGCUCUUGCCAGCAGAUGACUCUAUUCCUCCAUUGACUUCACUGGCCAUGUUCCUUAAGUUUACUCAAGCUUUUCAGCACCACUGUUACUGUAAAUUAGAUUCUCAAACAUAAAGACACUAGUUUAGACGUAGUAGACGGUAACUCUGUUGAUAUGCAACAAAAACUCUAACAUAGCCUAUUAGCUAGAAAGGGAACUCCAAACACAUUUUCGGUAAGAGCAGCUGUUUAGCUGGUUAAACAAAGGUUAGCCAUGUGUUGGCAAAAAUGUAUAUGGAAGUUAAGAAAGCUUACCAGCAUUCAGCGGAACUGGUAUCCUAUUCGCAGGUGCUUUUUCAAAGCCUAUGUCAGAUACUCCAGUGAGUGGAAUUGGCUUCAAUUAGUGUAAUUUGCUCAAUAUUAGGAUUGAGAAAUAAAGUUGACAUCAUUAGAAAGAAGAUACUCUCCUCUUUUCUACUGUAGGUAGUCUAUGUUAUUCAGAAUGUGUUUAUUCGGUUGUUGCUAGCGAUAUUCAUAAAAACAUUGGGGGGGAUAUCAUUUCAACUUUAUAUAUACAGUGAGGGAAAAAAGUAUUUGAUCCCCUGCUGAUUUUGUACGGUUGCCCACUGACAAAUAAAUGAUCAGUCUACAAUUUUAAUGGUAGGUUUAUUUGAACAGUGAGAGACAGAAUACCAACAAAAAUAAUCCAGAAAAACGCAUGUAAAAAAUGUUAUAAAUUGAUUUGCAUUUUAAUGAGGGAAAUAAGUAUUUGACCCCUCUGCAAAACAUGACUUAGUACUUGGUGGCAAAACCCUUGUUGGCAAUCACAGAGGUCAGACGUUUCUUGUAGUUGGCCACCAGGUUUGCACACAUCUCAGGAGGGAUUUUGUCCCACUCCUCUUUGCAGAUCUUCUCCAAGUCAUUAAGGUUUCGAGGCUGACGUUUGGCAACUCGAACCUUCAGCUCCCUCCACAGAUUUUCUAUGGGAUUAAGGUCUGGAGACUGGCUAGGUCACUUCAGGACCUUAAUGUGCUUCUUCUUGAGCCACUCCUUUGUUGCCUUGGCCGUGUGUUUUGGGUCAUUGUCGUGCUGGAAUACCCAUCACGACCCAUUUUCAAUGCCCUGGCUGAGGGAAGGAAGUUCUCACCCAAGAUUUGACGGUACAUGGCCCCGUCCAUCGUCCCUUUGAUGCGGUGAAGUUGUCCUGUCCCCUUAGCAGAAAAACACCCCCAAAGCAUAAUGUUUCCACCUCCAUGUUUGACGGUAGGGAUGGUGUUCUUGGGGUCUUAGGCAGCAUUCCUCCUCCUCCAAACACGGCUAGUUGAGUUGACGCCAAAGAGCUCGAUUUUGGUCUCAUCUGACCACAACACUUUCACCCAGUUCUCCUCUGAAUCAUUCAGAUGUUCAUUGGCAAACUUCAGAUGGGCCUGUAUAUGUGCUUUCUUGAGCAGGGGGACCUUGCGGGCGCUGCAGGAUUUCAGUCCUUCACGGCGUAGUGUGUUACCAAUUGUUUUCUUGGUGACUAUGGUCCCAGCUGCCUUGAGAUCAUUGACAAGAUCCUCCCGUGUAGUUCUGGGCUGAUUCCUCACCGUUCUCAUGAUCAUUGCAACUCCACGAGGUGAGAUCUUGCAUGGAGCCCCAGGCCGAGGGAGAUUGACAGUUAUUUUGUGUUUCUUCCAUUUGCGAAUAAUCGCACCAACUGUUGUCACCUUCUCACCAAGCUGCUUGGCGAUGGUCUUGUAGCCCAUUCCAGCCUUGUGUAGAUCUACAAUCUUGUCCCUGACAUCCUUGGAGAGCUCUUUGGUCUUGGCCAUGGUGGAGAGUUUGGAAUCUGAUUGAUUGCUUCUGUGGACAGGUGUCUUUUAUACAGGUAACAAGCUGAGAUUAGGAGCACUCCCUUUAAGAGUGUGCUCCUAAUCUCAGCUCGUUACCUGUAGAAAAGACACCUGGGAGCCAGAAAUCUUUCUGAUUGAGAGGGGGUCAAAUACUAAUUUCCCUCAUUAAAAUGCAAAUCAAUUUAUAACAUUUUUCAUAUGCGUUUUUCUGAAUUUUGUUGUUGUUAUUCUGUCUCCCACUGUUCAAAUAAACCUACCAUUAAAAUGAUAGACUGAUCAUUUCUUUGUCAGUGGGCAAACGUACAAAAUCAGCAGGGGAUCAAAUACUUUUUUCCCUCACUGUAUAAAGUCAAAAGUUUGGACACACCUACUCAUUCAAGAGUUUUUAUUUAUUUUUACUAUUUUCUACAUUGUAGAAUAAUAGUGAAGACAUCAAAACUGUGAAAUAACACAUAUGGAAUCAUGUAGCAACCAAAAAACCCUUGAAUGAGUAGGUGUGUCCAAACUUUUGACUGAUAGUGUAUAUAUAUAUAUGUAGAUUAGUUUUUAGUUUUUUCUCGGACACCCCGGCAGUACCUCCCUGAUUUAGUCUACACACAGCGCAUCCUUUGGGGCCACAUGAAGGAAUGUCCUGGAAUUCCAUUCAUUUUGGACAAGGGUUGUAUUGCUGCCUAGUGGAAGUUUUUUUGUCCUUAUUUUAGAGGGCACAAUGAGGAGUGACACAGUUUUUUUCCUUUUUUUUUUACAGGUUUUUAUUUCUUUUAUUUAAUUAUCAAAAUGCUUUCUUUAGUUGAGCAAGAAAAUAUAGUCGUAGGCUACCAAUGACUUGACAGAAAAAAAUAGUUUCCAAUGGUAGGCUAAGUCUAUCAGGUAUUUGGUCUUGAAUGAAGGCAAUGAGUGAAACCUUUAUAGCCCUUUUUUGCACGUGAGAAAACAACACAACAUAAAAACAACACAACAUAAAAACAACACAACAUAAAAACAACACAACAUAAAAACAACACAACAUAAAAAUAACACAACAUAAAAACAACACAACAUAAAAACAACACAACAUAAAAACAACACACUCAAACCUACUUUCAUAAAGACCUAAUCUAACAAAUGGCAUCAGAGCCAUAUCAUUCCAUACAUGAUGACAGAGAGGGCAUCACCGCAUAAUCUUAUUCAUAGAAUUAAUAGAACACUGUGAUCUUAUUCUAAUGAUGUCACAAUCAGGAAUGGAAUCAUUUGAGUAGGCCUUCAGAACUCUCAAGAGAUGAACAGUCCAUAACUCUACAACUACAAUGAAGACAGCGACUUUUACAAAGAUACUUUUUUUAUUAUCCCAAAUUCGACCGAUUUAGCUUUCAAAUAUGGACAACGACUUCAUGUCAGUUGAGAAUUUCUCCAUUUACAUUACAUCUAUAAAAGAUCAUUGGAAAACAUAAUUUUGUGUAGAAAAAAUUAUAUCGUACAUAUCGAAAUUAGUAAGAGAUUAAUUUGAUCACUAUGUUGCUGAGAAUGUUCCUGUACAGCAGGAAAUCCAACUUGUAGGGAAUUCAAUGAUUAAAAAGACUUUUAAAGUUUGUAAUUUCCACUUUAAAAUGUCAGGCUUGAUUUUCCCUAACAAGAAAUGUAUCAACCCCUACAGAAAAUGUCCAUUAAUUAUAAUCCACUUAAUAAUUAAAAUAUGCAGUUGAUGAAGGAUUAUUUUCCUGCUGUAGCAAACUGGCUCAAAUUAAGAUCCUACAUCUGUAGGCCCAGGUAACUGUUGGCUGUGUUUGUUGUUAACUAUACAAAAUGUAUUUUAGGUUUUACAUUUGCUGUUAUAGCCUUAAUAUUUGUCAAUACUUUUUUCAGUUGAUGCAAUCAGAAAGUAUACAACUAGGCCUAUGUCAUGAAUGAGGAUAUCCCUUACUUACAGAUGUAGGACCUUAAUUUGAGCUAGUUUGCUACAGCAGGAAAAUAAUCCUGCAGCAACAGGAAAUGUGAAUUAUUAUGUGGAUUAUAAUUAAUGGACAUUUUUGUAGGGGUUGAUACAUUUUUCAUUAGGGCAAAUCAAGUCUGAAAUUUCAAAGUGGAAAUUACAAACUUUAGAAACCUUUUUUAAAACUCAAAUACACUACAGGUUUGCAUUUCCUGCUUGCAGGAAAAUUCUCAGCAACAAAAGAGUGAUCAAAUUAAGAUCCUACAUCUGUAUAAUGACAAAAUAAUUUAUCUUAUCCAGCUUUUUGUUUAUGUGUUGCCAUGGUGUUUCUUUCAGACCGGAUAUUUCAUGAGAGACUCGCCCCUAACAACUGGAAGGUUUCUUACCUUGAUGAGUUUCACAUGUGGGAACCAGAGGGAUAAAAUGAACUUCUCAAGAUUCAACUUCAACUUGUGGCCAUGGACCUCCCUAAAACAGAGGUCCAUGUAGAAUCUGGGACCCCAGAUUGCACCAUGCUCUCUCUCACCAAGAAGAUCAUGGGUGAUGAGUAUGCUGCAUAUGACAGCUACAGCUCCCUGUCCUCCCUGUCGUCAUCACUCAGUGGAAGCUUUGCUUCGAUAAGCAGCAUCGACACUGUAUCAUCUUGGGCUUCACAUGACUCCUUCAUCUGUCUGGCCAUUCAGAUCCUUCUAGAGGAGUUAAACCUCAAUAAUACAGAGGUAGCAUCAUCUGGGGUUCCCUCCAUCUUCCCUGGAGAGCUGCUAGUGAGCUCUGUGGCCCCUCAGGAUGGCACACUUCUGGCUGUGUGCAGCGAGGCCCUUGAUAAACUGCCUAUCAGUGACGAGGUGCUGGUCACUGAAAACACCAUUCUCCUACGAGAAGAGUCCUCCACCAGCCUCUCCACUGCUACAGGUGGGAGGAAGAAGGCUGGAGGAACCGGCUGCUUCCAGGGACUCUGGAGAGCACUGAGAGGGGGGCAGAGGAAAGGAGAAGGAGCCUGUAAGCAUUACUAGUCACUGUUGUACUUCUACAGUUCUCUAAUAUUGUAGCAAGACAUUCUGUCAGCACAGAAUAUUAAAAAGGUGAUGUUGUGAAUAACUGUUUUAUCCUUUUUUGUCUUAAUUUUUCUGGCUCACUGAAUUGCUAAGGCAGAUGAGAAACUCCUUCACGCAAAACAGGAAUAAUCUGCAUUGUAUUGUUUGUUUUGAACGUUUAAUGUUGGUUUGAACAACAUUGUUUGGAACAUUUUAUUGAACAAUGUUCAGUAAAUUCUUGUCAGUUCAUAGCCAAUGUGUUUAGUUUUUCAUUGAAACAACAAGUAUUCUAUAAUUCUAUAAUGUCUAAUGACGCAACAAGAAAUACAAUUCAGGUUUUAAGUAAGAAGUCACAUUAUUCUUACACUGUUCCAAGGCAAAUUGCACUCAGUUGGUAGAGCAUGGUGUUUGCAACGCCAGGGUUGUGGGUUUGAUUCCCACGGGGGGCCAUUAUGAAAAUGUUUUAUGCACUCACUAACUGUAAGUCGCUCUGGAUAAGAGCGUCUGCUAAAUGACUAAAAUGUUAAAUGUAAAUUCAGCUGGGGCCCAUGACGGCAGUUGUCCAGUAACAGUUUAGUGGACAACCACGGUCACAGUCCACAGCGGAGUCACCUGUAGCUCAGUUGGUAGAGCAUGGUGCUUGCAAUGCCAGGGUUCUGGGUUUGAUUCCCAUGGGGGACUAAUAUGAAAAUGUUUUAUGCACUCACUAACUGUAAGUCGCUCUGGAUAAGAGCGUCUGCUAAAUGACUAAAAUGUAAAGUCGCUUUGGAUAAGUACGUCUGCUAAAUGACGUCACAUUAUUCUUAUACUGUUUGAAGGCGAAUUGAACUCAGAAGAGAUUCAGCUGGGGCCCAUGACGGCAGUUGUCCAGUAACGGUUUACUGAAGUCUUAAAUGAUCAUCAGAACAGGUUUUAUUUGUUCUUCUUCUUCUCUGCUGUAUAAUAGAAUGUGAUGAGCAAUGUACUACGAGUCACUUGAUUGCUUUAGGAAGGUCUCUGUUAAAAGUGUUUGCACAUGGCCUGGUAUAAUAACGUGCCAUUUAGCAGACGCUUUUAUCCAAAGCGACUUACAGUCACGUGUGCAUAAUUUUUUUUGUGUAUGGGUGGUCCAGGGGAUCGAACCCACUACCCUGGCGUUACAAGCGCCGUGCUCUACCAGCUGAGCUACAGAGGACCGCAAAAUAAUACUUUAUUAAUCCAUAUAAGAUGGACAUUUCUCUUCUGCUGCCUGUACCCAACUUGUCCGAUACACACACAUGCACUAGGCUGAUUAGGUUGAAGCAGAGGGCCGUCACAGUACAGCGCCCAAUAACCAGUGUAGAGUGUCUCCACAAUGGUCCCCCUUUAUCUACUGUAUAUCAUACCAACCACUUUGAAUCUCAGCAGCCCCAUUUGAUUUCGGAGACUGCCCCGUCCCCUGUGAGCUAAUGAUUUAAUGACAGAAUCUGUCCAACAGCCAAAGGGGUUGUCCUGACUAAUGUAGGCAUGUUGUGGGUGGAUUUGCACAGUGUUGGACUCAGUCGGACUCAGCCCUCAAAUCCACAAGGGAACUUAUUUCCUCUGCUUUGUGGGAAUUCUAAACACAGACACAAAACACAGGUAUGUUAUGACUGGUGUUAAUGAUUAUGAGAUUAAGAAACAGAAUAUCAAACAGUCAGUAGUAGCCCUGCUAUGACUUCCAAAUGGAUAGCUAACAGCUUUACUUUUUGUGAAAUGCUAAAUAUCAGGGAGGCUUUGCUGGAGGAUUGAUGUCAACAUCAGCAGUCAGCAUAUGGCUGAAUUGUAAUUCCCUUCACUCAGUACAUUUGGGAAUUGUGUUCCCCCACUGUACUCAAUGUGCUCACUCAAAGAACUCACAACAAUGUCAGAGGUAUUAUUUGAUAUACUAAAACAUGCACUUCAUUCAAAUCUCUCCAUUCUAUUUCUACAGCGAAGAAUGUGGAAAGACUUUGGUCCCAUGUUAUGCCUGAUGCUGCACCUCUGUUACCAAGGGAACACUUCCGACAUAAAUUGUCCUCCCGGAUGCCAGUGUUUCACGCCGACUCAGGUGAUGUGUUCUGAGGAGAGUAUGAGAAGCCCGCCCAUGAACAUCUCCACACAGGUGAAGGAGUUGGUCAUUUUGACGACGGGAAUGACGCACCUGGGCCCGAUCACGAUGCAGUACAGCCACCAUCUCACCAAGCUGGUCUUCUUCAACAACUUGCUGCGGGACGUCUCCGCCAUGGCCUUCGAUCGCCUGACCGGGCUCGAGGAGCUGGAGAUCAGCGGCAACUCUUGGCUGGAUUGUUUGAACCCAGGAACCUUCAGCAAGCAGAGAAACCUCACCAAACUUCUGCUCAACUUCAACAGGUUCAAGUCACUGAGUGACGGCCUCUUCAGUUCGCUCCAGAAGCUGAGGACUCUUCAGCUGAAGGGCAACAUCAUCUCCCACCUGCCCAGGCAGCUCUUCCAGAACCUCCUGAGUAUCCGUGCUGUUGACCUGUCCCUGAACAUGCUCACAGGGGUGGACGAGGAGCUCCUCAGCGGCAUGUCCCAGCUAGAGUCCCUCAAACUGGGCUACAAUAUGAUCAAUGUCCUCUUUCCCGACACUUUCCUCAACAUCUCCCACGUGAAAGAGCUUUGCCUGCAGGGAAACCAGAUAUCUUACCUCCCUCAGGGUGUCUUUUCACAUUUAGAAAAACUAGAGGAGCUGAACCUUCGCAGCAACUUGAUCACAAAUGUGAGCUCUGGAACUUUUCCUUCUGGCUUGAAAAAGCUGGAUCUCAAAGGCAACAGGCUGGUUCAGCUCUCGCCUGACUCGUUCGGCCAUCUGACCGGUCUCACACAACUGUUUCUGUCAAUGAACCAGCUCACUAACCUUCCAGAGGACGUCUUUCGGAACCUGACGGACCUGCAGAACCUAGACCUCUCGGAGAACCAGCUCACAUCGCUGCCGGGAACCAUCUUCCAAGGUCUCACCAAGAUCGAAAUCGUCCACCUGCAGAAUAACAACCUGAGCUCUCUGAAGGCCAAUCUGUUUGAGGACCAGGCCUUCUUGGAGCAGCUGUACCUCUCAGAGAACAAACUCCAGACCCUUCCUCAGGGCUUCUUUGACGCGUUCUUCAGCGAGAACGUGAUGAGACUGCGCAGGAACCCCUGGAGCUGUGACUGCCACAUGCUGUAUCUGUAUGACUAUGUGGCAGAGCACAGUCACUUGGUGGAGGACCUGAGUAAUGUGUAUUGUAAGGGCCCUGAGCCUUUGAGAGGACAGGGUCUGGUCUCCUUAGAGAGGGACCAGCUGGUAUGUCCAGGUAAUUUAUCUUCUAGAGCCAAAGCCACCCCCUUCCAAGGCUUGGAGGAGAGGCCACACCCUAGCAAUUGUACUGUCCAGGUCAUCAACGACGACCUGACUAUCAAGUGCAAAGUGACUAAAUGUUCCCCAUUGAGACUUAUGGUGCAGUUCCAAGAAGGGGAUGGCAGUACGUCUGAGUACAUCAUGAAAAAGGACUGGGCAGAAUCUUCACAGUGUAGCAAUGGGACUAUAACUCUCACUGUGUGAAUGGUGUUCAUCAGCACACUGGCUGAAGCUUUGCAAGAACUUCUCUAUGCAGAUUUUGACUUUCUUUAUCCAUGUACAUCAUAGAGUUUUAUCAAACACACAAUAUUUUAUAUACCAGCAUACUGUAUAUGAGAUGAGAGUGAAUUUCACCUGAAUUUCAUAUAAUUUUGAAGGUAUUGGCUUUGAAUAAUUUAUAAUACGAUGUCUACCAGUAUUGGUAUGAGUUUAAACAAAUCUCUCCUACAGCUAGUGUCAAUAUUGUACAGACCUUUAACUCAUCUCAAAGCUGAUAACCAGGCUGACGGUGUUUCCCACUCAUAGCUGAGAGAUAAGAGAGGUGGAUGAACUAUUUCUUGUGCGGUUCAAAGUUCAUCCCUAGAGUUCUAGAGACCGUGUAAUGAACCUAGUACCAUCCACACAAUCAUUUACUAACAGAUAUAUCAACGUAUGCUCUUGCCAGCAGAUGACUCUAUUCCUCCAUUGACUUCACUGGCCAUGUUCCUUAAGUUUACUCAAGCUUUUCAGCACCACUGUUACUGUAAAUUAGAUUCUCAAACAUAAAGACACUAGUUUAGACGUAGUAGACGGUAACUCUGUUGAUAUGCAACAACACAUUCACACAGUGCUUUCAGUCACCCCAGCAAUGAACUUCGUUGUUUUGUGUAGUUGAUUAGUCUUGAUUAAUUAAACUGACAAUCUGUGUAUGGCUAAUUGAACAUCUAUAAAACUAUCAAUCCUCCUGUGGAUGACAAUGUAAAUAAAGUGG